GGAGCCGGCGCUAUACUUAUUCAGGUGAAAUAGAAAAUGCACACUUUUGACCGGGCAGUGUUGUUGGGAACCUUCGCACGCACACUCCUCCUCUUCGGAACCGUCAGCUCAGUUGUGUUCAAGAUGGGACAUCUCACUGUUGUGACUGUCGUGGCAGUUCUCUUCACGCUUUUCAUGGAAACUGAAGCAAAUCCAUUUAUUUACAACUAUGUGAGGCUACGGAUCGGAGGCCUGGUCUGUGCCAGCUUGUUGUUCAUCGGAGGCCUCAGCAUUUUACUUUACACCAGGUGCACCAUGAAGAACAAAAAAGUGGAGGACGACAACAGUGAAAUCUGACACCGGGGGGCCUAAACGAACCGGUUUCGGCCAGCGAGGAGAGCUGACAGGCAUGAGGA